AUGCCAACUAGAUAUACACGGACGACGCAGCAGCAGACAUGGGAUUCGGAAGCGAUGGAAAAAGCUAUUAGAGCUGUACGAAAUGGGGAAAUGGGCUUUCUUAAAGCUAGCACAGUCUUCGGUGUUCCCCGAUCAACGCUUAAACGGCGUGUACAAGGAAAAAACAAACAUGCUGUUGAAAAUGUUAAAAUACUGGGGUCACGACGUCCAAUUUUUAGUCCGGUACAAGAGGCACAAUUAGUACAACACAUUUUGGAACUUGAGAAUCGUUUCUACGGAUUAACAUUGCGGGAUGUAAGGAAAUUAGCCUUUCAACUAGCUGAACGCAACAAUAUAAAACACAACUUCAAUAAAGACACUCAAAUGGCUGGAAAAGCGUGGGCUUCUGAUUUUAGAAAGCGUCAUCCAGAACUGACACUGAGAAGCCCAGAAGCAACUUCUCUUGCCCGAGCACAAGGUUUCAACAAAGUAAGUGUCACGAAAUAUUUUGACCUUCUAGAAGAAGUAAGGUCUAAAACAAACUAUCCACCUCAUCGCAUUUUCAAUGUGGAUGAGUCUGGUUUCACCACUGUGCAGAGCAAGAGUUCUAAGGUACUUGCGAAAAAGGGAAAGAAGCAGGUGGGUGCCAUCACCUCUGCAGAACGAGGUGUAUUAAGCACCGUUGUAAUUUGCAUGGCCGCUGGCGGUAACUUCAUUCCACCUUUUAUUAUCUUUCCCCGGAAGAGAAUGAAGGUUAAACUUCAAGAUGGGGCACCGCCAGGAACUGGUUUUGCGUGUCAUUCGUCAGGGUAG